AUGUUUUUUAUUUUUCUUGGAUUUAUUCUCAGUUCUUAUUCUAUAUCGGCUACAAGUUUAUCUAGAAUCAUACCUUCUCAUAAAAUAAAACAUAAUAUAUUAGUAGAAAAUAAUCGAAUAAUUAAUUUUGAAACAAUUGGAGGUAUUGCUGAUAAUAGUUCGUUGGAUACAUGUUGGGCAAAUGCACAUCUUCUUAAUCAAACUUUUGCUACUAUGCAACAUGGAGAUACUCUACUUAUACCUUUUAAUAAAACAUUUUGGUUAAUGGGUGGUAUUUAUGCACGUGAACUUGCUUAUGUAACUAUUCAAAUAGAUGGAAUUCUUAAAUUUUCUGAUGAUCAAACUGUAUGGCCUCGUAAUCCUCAAACUCAACAAGUUCAUGAAUGUUUCUUUUUUGAACAAUUAAAUUAUGUUACAUUUACUAGUUCAUUACCUUUAGGACAUAAAGGUAUUAUUGAUGGAUCAGGUCAAAAUUGGUGGGGUCUCGUAGAAUAUUUAUUAAUUGGUGAAAAUCGACCACGUUUAUUAUCAAUUUAUAAUUCAACUAAUCUUUUAGUUGAAAAUAUAUUAUUAAAAAAUUCUCCUUAUUGGACAUUUCUUGCUAAUGAUAUUGCUAAUUUAGAAAUUCGUCAUACAGAUGUUGAUGCACGUAGACGUCCAGAUGCUCAACAUCAUGAUUUAAAUGAAAUGACAGCUUUUAAUACUGAUGGAUUUGAUGUUGCUGGUACGAAUGUAUGGAUUCAUGAUUGUAAUAUUUGGAAUGAUGAUGAUUGUAUUGCAGUUAAAGAACAAAGUUCAAGUAGUAUUCAUUCGUCUUGCAGUGAAAAUAUGCUUUUUGAACGUAUUAAUGCUUCAGGUGUAGGUUUAACUAUUGGCUCUAUCGGUCCAUCUGCCACACAUACUUGCGUUCGUAAUAUUACAUUUCGUGAUUGUACUAUGUACAAUACUUUUAAAGGUAUUUAUUUAAAAUCACGUCCAGGACAAAUUGGACAUACAGGUGAAAUUACAAAUGUUAUAUAUGAAAAUAUUCUUAUUAAUAAUGCUUCUCAAUGGGCUAUAUGGAUUGGACCACAACAAGCUGGUUAUAAAGAUGCUUGUUCACUUCUAUGGCCAUUUAUACCUGACACAUCUUGUCCUAUUCCAAUUGGUAUUACUUGGAAUAAUAUUAUUUUACGUAAUAUUACUGUUAAUGAACCUCAUUUAAGUCCUGGUGUUAUACUUGGUAAUUCAUCUAAUCCAAUGCUAAAUGUUUUAUUUGAUAAUGUAUUGGUGACUAAACCUGGUUUUCUUCCAUGGGGUAAACGUUAUUAUGCUUGUGAAGGUGUAGAAGGAAUUGCACAAGGAAAUACACAACCUCCACCACCUUGUUUCAAAAUAAAACCAUUUUAA